AGAAGCGCAGUUCACGACGGGUGUUCGUUACGCCUUCUCAUAGAUAAAGUUGUUUUUUUUAUUUUUUAUUUGAGGUUUACUUCGCGCGUUUGUGUUUUGAACGUAUUUGAUUUUUAAAUUAUAUCUGUGGAUAUUCCUGUCAAUUUAUUAUAUAAAAACUAAUAUAAUAUCAAAUAUUACAGGCUCUUAUUUUAUUAUUAAAAGGAUAUUAUUGGUGCAGUUCUGUGAUUAAAAAUAGAAACGACUUGAAAUUAUUACAUUUCUAGUGUUUUUUUAUUAAUUUAUAACAUUUCUGUGCUGUAUUUUGGCGAUUUAUGCUGUAGACGAAAAUAGUUGGUGUUUUUUGGCGGCAAUUUUCUUGGCAUCGUGUAAUAUUUCACAAUCAUCUUCUGUGGAUUGCCAAGAGAUUUGGAAAGAAUGUGUUCAUUGUACACAGGCGCCGUUGGGCGCUAUCCAUAAUAUGAUGCGUACACUGCUGGCAUACUAUGCAGACAUGAUGGCAGCAAGUCGCGGAGCGGGAUGCGCGCGCGACUGCAGCGGACGCGGGGACUGUAUGAACGGGACCUGCCUUUGCGAGAUCCGGUACACAGGAGACGAGUGCGCGGGUCAUAAUCUCCCAUACCAUGCGUGUAUUGGUGGGGUGUUCCUAGCAGUGUCGUUCGUGUGUGCGGUGCAAUUGACGCUAUGCAUCGUUACUGAGUACAGGCGAUUAAAAGCUCCCAACUUCCUAAGAGCUUGCAAAGUUACAACACAGAAGAUGCUGUAUCUGGUCGCGUUCCUGGCGUCUCUUAUACGCGGCGCGUAUUUUAUUUCCCCUGAAGCAUUCCAAGAAACGUGGGCUACAAGUCUACCAUCUGCCUACUAUCCUCUACUGCUGUCCGGCUCAUCACUUAUCGUCUGCUUCUGGGCUGAGGUGUUCCACCUCCGCGAUGUGCGAUGGGAGAGACAGCGUUUCCUCUCAAAGUCAUUCCUGGCGUUCGUCACCUUCAAUGUGAUCAUCUAUUCACUCCUCUUCGCUGAAGUUCUCACCAUCAACGUGGCUAAUACUUCAAGUGAGAAAAAGAGUUUCUACCAGCACGUGUUCAACGGGUGCUACGCGGUACUUCUCUUCGUAGUGGUUAUUUUCUUCCUGAUCUACGGCGUCGAAGUAUAUUUCAAGCUUCGCGGUGAAUUCUUGCGCGAGACUAAAGUGUGUACAAUCGUAACUACAAGACCUGGUCCCUCUUCAGCCGCUGAUGGUGAUGAUGUGCAGGAUACACUGGUCAAGCAGGGCGUCCAAACGGACCUAGCAGAGGUGGAUGGGACAGUGGACCCACGUUCAGUGAACCACUCCCAGUUGCACCAAUCCCGUGUGGGCCUCAUCAGUCAAGCGCUGAUGCUGAUUCUCAUCGUUGGCUUCCUCGCCUCUGAGACAUUGAGCGAAUUCUGGAAAGCCAAGGUUCCGGUGGUAUCUCGCAAUUGGCACGACCUGGUCUUUCGGUUAGCUGAAAUUGGUGUCACGCUAUGGUUCCCCUGUGUUCUAUGGAACUGUAUGGCACCCGAACAAUUGUGGAUAUUGAACCCGAGACGUCUGCUCGCCAAGCAAUUGGACGAGGCCAGGCUAGCCGAUUUACUAGGACCCGGGAGUAACCAGGAUAACAAGAAUGUGGAAACAGACUCUCUCGUUGGUAGCAUCGGUUCUGUCCGUGAUUGCUGGAUUUGCUACGACAGCUCACGAUCGGAUCCCCUGAUCAGACCUUGCCGCUGCACGGGCGAUGUGGCUGCCGUUCAUCAUGAGUGUUUAAAGAGAUGGCUUAUUGAGAGCUACGGCACUCCAGACAGCAUGAAAUGCAAAGUUUGCAACACGCAAUACAAUGUUGAAGAAACUAAUCGGCUACUAUGGGAACGCGGCUUCACGGGCGUCCACUUCCUCCGUAUCACGUUGGCCUUCAUCUGCAUGUCGCUGUCAGGUUUGUUCGCGUGGGGCGUCGUUCAGCUGUACCCGUCGCCCGUCGCACGCAUUCUUGGUACGGGGGGAGCAUUGCUCGUCUGUUAUGUCGCGGCCAAGUAUCUGGGAUUCCAUACUCUAACAGCAUAUCGUCGUGCAAGAGUUGCCUCAAUAAGAAUUAUUACCGAACCUUUAGAUGACGCCGAACCCCAGCUAUGCACCAUCAGCAAGACAGUUACCGUCGAAAUUGCCUCAAAAAAUGUCCUCGAAGAAGCACUUAAGGGUGAGAAAUGAAGUUUAUACGGCAUUCUGUU